AUGGAACAUGAAGCUUACGCGAAGAAUUACAUGAGAUAUAUCAAGUCCGGCUACCUGACUGCAUGCGUGGAUGAUGCGGUACCCGAAGCCUUCUCAGGGCCCUCCGCACCGCCUCGAGUAUGGUCUUUCGAUAUGACAGGCAUGAGAGACGUUUUGCGUCCAAAACAGGCAGCUUCGGAACAGAGUGAGAUAGACUUCAGAGUAGAAGCAACCGCCGAGAUGGAAGAACCAGAGGGCGAAACGACGGCGGAAAGACUAUCCCAGUAUCUCAUGUGCAAUAGGGUCUGGCCCCGGCAGGCGGAAAAACGCGAGAUGUUCUGCGAGGCCAAGCUGAGUGUUGACCGAGAAAGAACUUGGGACUUCAUAAUCGGGAACGAUCUCUUCAAGAAAUUCGUCCGGAGGAAACCACAGGCAACCCGUUGCUUGCUGAUUAUGGCUGGGGAGCACUACGGAGAGGUAAUCUCAACGACUGGCAUAUUAGCCGCCAAUGUAAUGGAAAAGUCCGCAUGCAAACGGAACAAGGAGGAUGUUAUCCCGACUUUCGUCAUUGGCUGGUUCUGCGCUGAUGAUACCCAAAUGGAGGAUCGAACAGACCCUGGUAAGCCAGUCAAUCUUUCCUCAAGAUUAAUGAUGGCAAGCCUUGUGUGCAAACUUCGAGAACAGAUGAUGGCUGAGAAGAUUGAAUGCGACCUGUCGUUCAUCAAUAGCGAGCUCAACUGGGAUGACAUCGGUAAAUGGGAACUUGGGGUGCUGAGCGAGAUGUUUGCCAAACUGGUAUUACAGACUCCUGAAGGAAGUCAGAUAAUUUGUGUCAUCGACGAAAUAUGCACUUACGAGGAUCACAAUUUCACUGAUGACGCAGACAAGGCUAUCAACGCAUUGGUGGCAAUAGCCAAUUCUGCAGAGCUGCUCACAGGACCUCGAUCUUUCAAACUACUUCUGACUUUUAAGCACGAGGCUUCCGGAAUAGAUAAAACAUUCAGAAGUGAAGAUCAAGUCAUGAAAGUCCCACAGGAAGCAGAGAUCCCAUCACCCUGUGACGACUAUCCUGAUUUCUCUGCCGGAUUGGAACCCUGA